AUGGUUUUCUCCAAGAUCGCUUGUGUCCUUGCCUCUGCCUCCAUGGUUGCUGGCCACGGCUAUGUUUCUGGUAUCGUCGCUAACGGCCAAUACUACGGUGGCUACAUCGUCGACACCUACGCCUACACCGACAAUGCCCCCGACACCAUCGGCUGGUCCACCCAAGCCACUGACCUCGGCUUCGUCUCCCCUGACAGCUACUCCUCCCCGGACAUCAUCUGUCACCAAGACGCCAAGCCCGGCGCCCUAACCGCCAACGUCAAGGCCGGCUCCAAGAUCGAAAUGCAGUGGACCGAGUGGCCCGAGUCCCACCACGGCCCCAUCCUCAACUACCUGGCCCCCUGCAACGGCGACUGCUCCAAGGUCGACAAGACCAGCCUCAAGUUCUUCAAGAUCGACCAGCAGGGCCUUAUCGACGGCAGCAACGCCCCGGGUACCUGGGCAAGCGACAACAUGAUCGAGAACAACAACACGUACACGUUCUCGAUGCCUGAGGCUGUCCCUGAUGGCAACUAUGUUCUGCGUCAUGAGCUGAUUGCGCUGCACUCGGCUGGCCAGGAGAAUGGUGCGCAGAACUAUGUCCAGUGUGUCAAUGUUAAGGUUACUGGUGGUGGCAAUGCUAGCCCGACUGGUACUGCUGGCGAGCAGUUGUACAAGGCUAGCGACAAGGGUAUCAAGUUUGACAUCUACUCGGACCUUAGCAGCUACCCUAUGCCUGGUCCUGCUUUGUUCAACGCUAACUAA